UGUUACUGUAUCCACCCACGGCUUGUGAACUUUCCAAUCUCAAUCUCAUAAAUCUUUAAAGCACGAGGAUCCAAUAAUGGAAUCCUUGGCGAUUAAACCUCAACCAAAUCCUAAAGCCAAAGCAUUGCACAAAUCCAGAGAGAGAGAGAGAGAGAAGCUCUGCCCCCACUAAUGGUGCUGCUCUGCGACUGCCAGCUGCUAUCCCCAUAAAACCUUUGAUUUUACUUCACCCACAAAUCCAAUUCCGUCUGAUUCAUCCACUCACCAAUAAUUCCUUCUAAAGAUCUCAACUUGAACCCCCAACAUUCACUCUCUGUCUCUCAUCAGAAACAAAGGGGACACCGAACAUGGAUGUGGGUCAGAUGCAGAGACAGUUGGUGGAAUACACCAAAUCUUUGUUCAUUGAGGGAUAUUUGGACAGUCAGUUCUUGCAACUCCAGCAACUACAAGAUGAGAGUAACCCAUCUUUUGUUGCUGAAGUGGUUUCUCUCUUCUUUGAAGAUUCUGAGAGGAUUCUCAAAGAUCUCACCAUUGCUCUUGAUCAGAAAGUUACUGACUUCAAAAAAGUUGAUGCUCAUGUUCAUCAGCUCAAGGGUAGCAGCUCAAGCAUAGGUGCCCAAAGGGUUAAAAACGCCUGCAUUGCUUUCCGCGGCUACUGUGAAGAACAGAAUGUAAACUCGUGCAGCAGAUGUCUGCAGCAAGUAAAGCAAGAGUACUUCCUUGUCAAGAACAAGCUGGAAACUCUGUUCAGGCUUGAGCAUCAGAUUGUUGGAGCUGGUGGGGCAAUCCCUAUGGUGGAACUGGGUUUCUAAGAGAUGGAUUGGAGGAGAAGCUUGUUGUAAGAGUGUCUUGUGAUCAUUUUUCUCCUUUGGUAGAAUAUGUAUCUCAGGCUUUUGUUGUUGUUGAUUUUGUGAUUGUUAUGAAUGUGAUGGAGAUAUUUCCAUCCAAUGUAUGAUGAAUGUAGGUUUGAUUUGUGAACUCUUCUUGUUGCGUGCAUUCAAGGAGGUUGAUCUCACAAAUGAUAAUUUUUUUUUUUUUUUUUGGUAUCAAAUGGGAAAAACCCAAAGGCGUUAUGUAGUAAGAUCAUUUAAGUAUGAAGUCUCAAGUUCAAGUC